AUGCCUCCUUCCAGACCUUCUUCACCCUCAGGCUCCCCGAUUCGGCGCAAAUGGGCCAUCCGGAAGGACACACCGACCAACCGAGGACCACGAAAACUGACAGACGAAGAUGUCAGCAAUUUGAGUCGGCUUAUGGAGGAGAAAUACGGAUGGACUCCACAGUCGUUCCAGCUUGCAGGUAUUCAGGCGCAGCUUGAGGGAGUCGACAUGGCACUCCAGGCCCCCACCGGAGCAGGGAAGACCGCUAUAGUUGCGGGCGCACACUUGUGGCCGCACGAGCAACCGAAGGUCACCAUUAUGGUCUCGCCACUACUGUCUCUUGAAGACGAGAUGGUGAAAACAUUCAAAGAAAAGUAUGGCCUCGAUGCCGUAGCUGUCAACAGUCAGAAUGGCUCGUGCUCACCUAUUGUCGUGAAGAAUAUACUCGCCCUAAAGUAUCAAGUCAUCCUCGCAUCACCAGAGAUGCUGCAAUCACAAACCUUCAUCCAGAAGAUCCUCCGUAAUUCAUCCUUCGCUAGACACAUACUCUCAAUGGUGGUUGAUGAAGCUCAUUGCGUGUCACACUGGGGGGCAGAUUUCCGAAAGAAAUACGCAUCCCUCGGUGUUGUACGAGCCUUCCUUCCCCGUGGCACACCUGUCAUCGCAUUGACAGCGACGUUGACAGCGCGUGUCCGGCGUGACAUCCACCGCGCGCUGCAUUUCCCGAAAGGCGGGAGCCGCUUUGUAAAUGUUGGUAACGACCGCCCGAAUGUUGCCCUGGUCGUCCGUGCUGCCGAGCAUCCACAAAACACCUACAAAGACCUCGACUUCAUCGUGCCGAGCUCAAUCAGCCGUGUCGAGGAUAUCCCGAAGACGUGGAUCUAUGUGGACAACAUCAACACAGGCACCGAGAUCAUUGACCACCUCGCCACCCUACUCGAAACACGCACCGCCAGUCGUACAGAUAUACCUCAGCCAGCGAAUUUAAUUCGUCCUUUCAAUGCAGUGUUGUCUUCGGAAUACCGAACAGCCGCGAUGGACGCCUUCCGCAAAGGUAGCAUUCGCAUAAUGGUUUGCACUGAGGCGGCGGGAAUGGGUUGCGAUAUACCCGAUAUAGAUGUCGUGGUCCAGUGGAAGCUGCCUUCGACGUUCUCGAACUUCAUUCAGCGUGCCGGACGAGUCGCAAGAGGACGGGGGCGUACAGGCCUCGCAGUGUUGAUUGUUGAACGGUCUGCAUACUCGAUUGACUUGACAGCACAGUCCGGCGAGGACUCGACUCAGAGCGCGACUCCGUCCAAGGCGGCGCAGCCAGAUGGCCCGACAAGGAACCUAGAUAAAACCAAGACGAAGCCUGUCACCCGAGGAAGGAAGAGAAAGACCACACCGCAGGUCAAAGCAAACAAGCAGUAUGCCGAGGAGCAUGGAGUGAACCGUGGGGGCACAUCGCACCAGGACAGUGCCCCGAGCGGGAAGCAGCCAGGACUGGAUGCGGAAGCCCUUGAUGAAGGGCUUCUUGCCUUCGUUCAGAGUACACGCUGUCGACGUCGUGUGUGGGCCGACGCCUUUGAGAGCCCCUACAACAUGUGUCCCGCAGAACCCUCGGGAGCCUGCUGUGAUAUCUGCAAUCCUGACCUGCUUCGUCAAACUCGACCUAGUGCACUCUCGCAACUGUCCCAGCCGAAGCGAGUCACUCGUGGUCUCCCGGACACUGAGGCACAACUGAGCCUGUAUCAAUGGCGAGACGAUGUCUAUGAGCGCGAUCAUGCAAACACGAUGUAUGAUUCGAGCGCAGUCCUCGAGGACACCGUGAUCGAGCACCUGGCUAGUAUGGGCAAUGUGUCUCGCAACAGUGUUACAGCAAUCCUGAAGCCGUCCUGGAUCUGGUGGGACAAACACGGUGCAGAAUUGAUUACUCACAUCACAUCGCUGAACAUUGCCUUCACGCCCAAGCCAAAGAAA